AUCAAAUAUUAUCAAGAUGGCGCAUCUUAGCAGUGAUCCUUCAUUAAAAGAAAGGUAGGAUUCGAUGUAUUCUCUGCAGUAUCUCUUCCUGAUUUCGACCUUGUUAGUUCAUUUGUAUUAAUUUUGUAAGGUUUCCUAUUUCAGGUGGAUUAUAGUUUACCCGGCGUAUUUAAAUAGCCGAAGAACCGUUGAACAAGGUCGACGUGUUCCAAAAACUAAGGUACGGAAGGUUCGAUUCAAUAAACGUGGAGAAGAACACGCAGAUUCUUCUCACUUAUAUACCUAGCGGUGACUUUUCUUUUUAUCAUAUUCUUAACUUUAGCCUUAUACUGUGACUGGAAAAAGUCGACAUAUCACAGGCGGCCCAGACGUAGUAUGUGUCACUGAAUGAAUAUAUUAAUAUCCACAUGGACAAAUUAUUGCGAUGAGUCGUCGAAACUCCCAUGGACUAAAAUAGUCUAAAAGUCAAAAUAUAAGAAAACAAAGCUAAGAUACCUUCAACUGAACGUAUCCUUGUCUUUCCUGGCCAGUUUAAGCAGCAUUUUGUUGAGUUUUGAAAUUGUAGGUACUAUCCACUAAAGAAGAAUUAAAGGCUGGCUACAAAACAAACAGACCAUCUCCACGCGCCUUCACACGAAGCGCUAUAAAUUCGAGAAUAAUCGACGAAUCCGCUCCAAAUAACCAUCUGCUAAUCUGCAGGUAACGUGUGCUCCUGCUUCUGGCUCGCUUGCUCCACAAAACCCAUCGCAACUGCACAAUAAUUGCUCGCUCAUCAACAACCACUGUUGACCUUUACGCGUCGAUAUGACCGCAAACGACCAGGUUUAAUACGCGACGUGACGCGACGUGAAUAUUCAAGCUUAGCGACCGCGUUCGCGGAAUAAUGCAGCACUUGUUAUGGGAGGGAUGGUACUAUUGCUUCUAGGUCAAUCAAUCGGGAAAAUAAUAUUGAAGCCCAUGUAAUUUUUAAAAAGAUCCAAUUUGCCCAAGGAACACCGAACAGAUACGAAUCUUAUAGCGGAGCUAAAAAAAAUGAGCGGCAGUGGAAAAAGUGAACAAGAACAUAUACCACAUUUUCUCCAUAAAAAGUGAAAACCAGGAAGUUUUCUGGACGUUUCACGUUGCAGUCAUGCAAAUCAACGGCAAGGAAAUGUACAAGAAAGUGUGCUACAAUUAGACCUAUUGUUGUUUUUCACAGUUCUGGUCAAGGGCAUCCAACUUUUAAUUUUUCACAUUUCACUCACCGGGUUAGGCUAUUUUUCGUAUAGAGUAAAAUGGAAUCCUAAAAUUUUCGGAUUCAAAAAUGUGAUGAAAGAAGGUAUCUGAAAAAUUAUCUCCUUCGUAAUACGUUAAAUUGCAUCUAAAAUUUUCGGGAAAAUAAUUCUGAAUUCCUCGUAAUUUCGAAAAGACUCAAGUUCCUCUAGAAUGGCCGAACACUGAGAUGCAAAUUUUAUAGCGCCACUUAGAAUGCAUUUCUAUAGAGCUAAAAGUACUUUAUGAAUAGCUACAGAAGUGUUUUCAAUUGAAAGUAUUUGAGGAAACAGUCGUUGGGUGGCCCUGUCUCGUUGCCUUCUCCGCUUAGCAUUACACGAUAUAUUUUAUAUUUAGUAUGAGCAAACUAUAAAUCAUUAGCUUCGCUUUUAGCCCUCCUGACUAAAUUUAUGUAAGCGCUGUUUAGAAUGCAUUUUUCGAUCAAAAGUACUCUGGACAGCCUUAAAUGUGUUUUCAAUGCCUUUAGGGGGAAAUCAUCGUUAAGUGCCGGCCCCUGAGUUUUGAGAAUAAUAAUAAUAAUAAAAAAAGAUAUCGCGCACAUAAAUUUUACUUUACGAUAUCUUCAGCUGUAUCUUCUAUUCAGCUGCAUAGCGGGGGCCAGAUUUUGCCUUUUUCCUGGGCGGAAAAUUCUCGUCCUCCUUCACCAGUUUGGACAACAUAUUAUGGAGUAAGACGUUGUUAAUCUAAGCAAAUAAGUCUGGUAGUCAAGAACCUAUGCAAGCGGCUGGACGAACAAUGUGACAGCAGCUGAGACAGCGAACGUUAGAAGAAUUCGAACUUGAAAACCAGGGCUGCCCUGUUGAAAACUUACGGACGGUCCCGCAAUCGCCUUUUGUUUUCUGGUCAAAACUAACGCAGCUAACCUUCGGUCAGUCGAUUGACCUAGAAGCAAUAGUACCAUCCCUCCCAUAGCAAGUGCUGCAUUGUUGCGCGAACGCGGUCGCUAAGCUUGAAUAUUCACGUCGCGUAUUAAACCUGGUCGUUUGCGGUCAUAUCGAAGCGUAAAGGUCAACAGUGGUUGUUGAUGAGCGAGCAAUUAUUGUGCAGUUGCGAUGGGUUUUGUGGAGCAAGCGAGCCAGAAGCAGGAGCACAGGUUACCUGCAGAUUAGCCGAUGGUUAUUUGGAGCGGAUUCGUCGAUUAUUCUCGAAUUUAUAGCGCUUCGUGUGAAGGCGCGUGGAGAUGGUCUGUUUGUUUUGUAGCCAGCCUUUAAUUCUUCUUUAGUGGAUAGUACCUACAAUUUCAAAACUCAACAAAAUGCCGCUUAAACCGGCCAGGAAAGACAAGGAUACGUUCAGUUGAAGGUAUCUUAGCUUUGUUUUGUUAUAUUUUGACUUUUAGACUAUUUUAGUCCAUGGGAGUUUCGACGACUCGUCGCAAUAAUUUGUCCAUGUGGAUAUUAAUAUAUUCAUUCAGUGACACAUACUACGUCUGGGCCGCCUGUGGACAUAUUGGCUGACAAAAAAAAGCUGAACAGUUCGCCGAUCACAUCUGUUCCUCUAUUGUUUUAGUGUUGGUAUGACAGAGUCACUUGGUUUUUUGACUUGGACAAGGCCAAUGCGUGAAAUUAGAGCAGUUUAAACCACUUGUCUUUACAUAUGGCUUUUUCUUUGUACUUGUAAGCAUAAUGAAAAAUAUAAUGUGAAAUUGUAAUUGUAUACAUUAUUAGUUAAUAUUUAUUGCUAGUAAUAAACCCACUUGUUUAUAUAAGACACAAGCAAGGUGAAAAUCAGCUGAAACAGAUGUCCUCUUUAAAUUCUGUGAUAAAUUGCUACUUACCUUGAAUGUAAGCAAAAAGGUUUCUCUUCAAUGGUCACAUCAAGGAAAACUUGAAAGAAUAUUGUUGCACCCCCAUUGUUGCUCUAUGGACUUUUCCAGUUCAAGUAGCAUUUACUCCUUCAUUAUAUUGAAGCCAAAUAUAUGAUGUUAAAAUAAUGAAAGUUAACUCUUUACUACCGUAUAAAAUUAUGAUAUAAUUAUGGUAUUUUUAGAUAACAGGAUUUAUUUUUGUUGUUAACAUGUUCAUUUAAUGAACUGAAGUGCUGAAUUACUGGUAAUUUGAUUAGUAUCAUUUUAUAAAUACAAUAUUUUUAUGCAUCUGCACAGGCAGCUGAUAACCCAACAGUUCAUGAAAUAAGGGAUGUCUGCCAAAGUCAAGGUCUCAACUGUGAAAUAGAGGUAAUGUUCAGUUUUGAGUGAGCACAAAAGUCUUAUCAGGUCUUGAAGCUGCCUAGUAAGUUGCAGUGAAAUAUUUGGUGCAUCUGAUUUACAUCCUGUCAAUUUAAUUUUUUUUCUCAGAACAAAUAUUAUCCCAGAGACAGUGCUAAAGAUGCCAUGUGCAGAGGUCGGGUGAGAGUGCAACUAAAAAACAGUGACAGCAGCUUCGUCAAUGAAAAAUUUCAGUCAAGUAAGGUUGACACUUGUUAUAGUAGAAUAUAGUGUGUAGAUUACAUGUACAUGCACUUUAAGCUAAUUAUUGCAGCCCCAUCGCUAGUUCUAUAUCAGCUUCCGUUUCCCUUAUACUUCAGCAUACAGCUAGACAAUUAAUACUGUCUAGUAUGUGUGGUCACAAGUCUUUCCUUGUAGCUCAGUUGGCUAAGCUGCUGAUCUUUGGGAAGUCAUAGAUUCAAAUCCUGUCAGCAACUAAGCUUUUCUUACAUUUUCAUAUGUUUCUAAAACAAUUAACGGCAAAACAGCCAUAUUCUCGUGCUGGUGAUACAAUUAUAUUCUACAUCUUUAAUAAUCUUUGUCUGGAGCAAGACUGAAAAUAGAGGGAAGACAGGGAAGAGGAUUUUCUUCCAUUGUUGCACACCUACCAGGCCCCUCACAUUCAACCGUGGUGAUCAUUUUAAAACCUUUUGCAAACAGUGAUUCUGUGAAAAAAAAAAGCAUGACCAUUAAGCAGCGAUAUGAUUUUUUUCCACGUGAUGGAGUCUUUCAUCAGAUACCCAGACAUUGGCAAAUGGGUUAGAAAAGGAGACACAGUCGAGUUGUUAGACUGAAAAAAAAAUCUUCUAAUGACAUCAGCUUUGCAUGGGUUAGCAACUUCCUACAUAACAGAAAUGUUGAAACUCUACAGACCAUCAAGAAAUUUAAGAUCUGCUUCUAAGAAACUCCUGACAGUACCAUUAGCUAAGUUGAAGGGUUAUGGCUGUCAGUCGCUCUAAUUUGCAGUACCUAAACUAUGGAACUCAUUGCCAUAAUCUGCCCGCCAUCAUUAUGAUCAUGCAAACAUUAAGACUGCUAUAAAAACUCCCUUAUUUCCCAGGCAUUUCAGUUAAAGUACGGUAGUAAUGUAUAUGAUGUAAAUAAUUAUUUAGUAGUUAGUUUAUACAGAUUUAAGUUUUAGUAUUUAUGUUUGUGAUCACUAAAUGUAAAUUUUCAUUACAUUAUUUCUAUUUAUAAUAGUUAUUUCUUUGUAAAGUGCCAUCAGCCCAUGGAUAUGGUGCUAUUUAAAUGCUCUUAUUAUAAUUUAAUAUUAUCACUUGACUUUAUUAUUAGGAAAAGCAUUAUUUCAGUUCAUUGGUGAAAUGAUCCCAAAGUUGAAGAGUCGUCAAACCAAGUCUUCACAAAGUGAUAGUUCCAGCCAACAGCAAGGAACUGCAGCAAGCUCCAAGAAAAAGAAAGGGAAAAAAGGCAAAGGGAAAUAAUAUUAUUUAAACCAUGCAAUACAUUUAACUGUAAUUCUUAAAACCC